GGAUGAUAAAAAGAAAGGUGGUAAAGGAUCAUACGAUGAUGAGUUACCUCCAUUCCCCAUGAUAGGCUACCCCGUGCUGCUGGGAUUCGACCCAUGGAUGAUGAACGGUGGGCCGAACUGGGGCAUGUUCGGGCGAAGAAGGCGAGAGAAAUCAGACGAAAAAGGAUUGUCUAGAGCAAAACGAGACGCGUCUGAAGAUGAAAGCGAGACCAAUGAUAGGAAGAACGGAGAUAAACGCGAUGAGACGGCGCGUACUGCUGGGCAAGAUAAAGAAGGCGUUGGCGCCAGCAAAAGCAGCGACCCUCAGGAC